UUUUCUGGAGGGAAAGGAAGGAGGAGAAAAUCCAAGGGCCAUUGCCGUUGUCAAAAACUGUCCUCAAGCGAGGGUUUAAGGGACGGUGGGAGCGACCAAAAAUCUCACGGCCUACAAAUCCACAAACCCUCCUGACUUUCUCUCCCCCACCCUCAAUUUUCCUUCCUCUUCUUCGGAUCUGGUUUGGCUUUCCCGGGAAGUUGCCGGGGCAGGCGGGGGAGAAAGCCCGGACUUUUCGCGUCAGAUCCGGCUUUCGGAGGGUGAGAUGGCGGCCGAUGUGCUGAUGUGCAGCAGCAGCGGGAGCACGGAGCUGACGCCCGAGGAAGAGAGGGUUCUGAUCAGGGACAUCGCAUUGGCGUCUGAAUCCAACACUAGGGAGGGCGAUACUUUCUAUCUACUCACUCAGAGAUGGUGGCAGCAUUGGAUCGAGUAUGUCAACCAAGACCAGUCAAAUAACAUGAAUGAUGGAUUAUCCCUGCCAGAAAAUUGUGAUUCAGCUGGCUCAAUUACUCCUAAAAGGCCCAGUGUCAUUGAUAAUUCUGAUUUGAUAUAUGAUUCUGCUUCAGAAGAAUCAAGUGCAGGAUUUGAGAUUCAUGAUACUCUCUUAGAAGGUCGUGAUUAUGUUCUACUUCCAUAUGAAGUUUGGAAUCAGCUGUAUGUUUGGUAUGGUGGUGGCCCCACCCUGCCUCGGAAGGUUAUUAGCUCUGGUCUCUCGCAGACUGAGUUGGCUGUAGAGGUGUAUCCUUUACGGCUGCACCUUCUUGCGAUAUCGAAGGGAGACCGCACUACCAUAAGAAUAAGUAAAAAGGAAACUGUUGGAGAUCUUCACAGAAGAGCCUGUGAGAUUUUUUAUCUUGAGUCGGAACAAGUUUGCAUUUGGGACUAUUAUGGUCAUAGGAAGCAUGCAUUGAUGAAUGACAUGAAUAGAACUCUUGAUGAUGCGAACAUUCAGAUGGAUCAAGACGUGGGUACCAAUAUUCUGAUUCUGGUGGAGAUCAUCAACACUACAAAUGGUUCUGUUUUGGGUGGGAGCAUGAUUCAGAGAAAUGGAUUUCUAGGGAAGGAAAAUGCUUCUGUUGUUGCUGAGCCGUCGAAGUUAAACCCAUCAAUUGCAGGAAAUCUCUCUGCUAGCAAAGUAUCUUCUAGAAGCUAUAGUACAGACCCGGCACAAAGUCAGAGCCUGACUCCUGGAGUGAGGGAUUUGGAAAGCACGUCUAGCGUCAGUGGGGUGAGCACAAGGGGUUCAUCUGGAGGUCUGACCGGAUUGCUGAAUCUUGGGAACACUUGCUUCAUGAAUAGUGCAAUACAAUGCCUUGUUCACACGCCUGAGUUUGCCAAAUACUUUCGGGAAGAUUACCAUCAAGAGAUUAACUGGCAGAAUCCUCUUGGCAUGGUUGGUGAAUUAGCUAUGGCAUUUGGUGAAUUGUUGCGGAAGCUAUGGGCACCUGGACGGACGGCAAUUGCACCGCGUCCGUUCAAAGCAAAGCUUGCUCGCUUUGCUCCCCAAUUCAGUGGAUACAAUCAGCAUGAUUCUCAGGAGCUAUUGGCUUUUCUGCUUGAUGGUCUUCAUGAAGAUCUAAAUCGUGUCAAGCAUAAGCCGUACAUCAAAUCCAGAGAUGCAGAUGGUCGACCUGAUGAAGAAGUUGCCGAUGAAUACUGGGCUAAUCACAUUGCCCGAAAUGAUUCAAUAAUUGUUGAUGUUUGUCAAGGACAGUACAAGUCGACUUUGGUUUGCCCGGUAUGCAAUAAGAUCUCUGUCACUUUUGAUCCAUUUAUGUAUCUAUCUUUGCCUCUCCAAUCCACGACCACUAGGACUAUGACUGUGACAGUUUUUUCCUAUGAUGGAACUGCAUUGCCAUCUACACAUACCGUGACAGUGCCAAAGCAAGGACGUUGUAGGGACUUAAUCCAAGCACUUAGCGUAGCUUGUUCCUUGCACCAUACUGAGAAGCUUUUGCUUGCUGAGGUAAGGAACCAUCAGAUUCAACGAAUGAUGGAUGACACAUUAAUAUUGCUGUCCACCAUUAAGGACGAUGAUCACCUUGCCGCCUACAAGGUCUCAAAGUUUGAGAAGAAUGGGAUUUAUCUUCAGUUGGUGCACCGCUGUCGAGGACAGGGUGCUAGUGAUGUCCAUAAUGCAUCGGAAUGGAAACCAUGUGGAACCCCUCUUGUUUCAGUCAUCUCUUCCAAUGAUGGGAUUAAAAGAGCAGACAUCCAAGCAACUGUUAAAGGAAUGCUAUCUCCUAUGCUUAAAAAUAAGGCUGGACAAGGUGGUACUGCAUUAGAUCGAUGCUCCGAGACUAAUGCUGGCAAUGCACAGACAGACUCCUCUGUAAUGAGCAAGGACUGUAGUAGCCCAAAAGCCGAUAUGUCAUCAUCAUUACCUCUUCAAUGGGUUGAUGACAACAAUAAAUGCAUUGAUCUGUCUGCCAGAGAUGAAAGAGUUAUUAGACUUCCCUCGUCAUCUAGUAUGCUAGUUGCCAUUAACUGGUCAGAUGAACUCUUGAAGAAGUACGACACUCAGUGCCUUGAGAAUUUGCCUGAGGUGUUUAAUGGCCCUGUGACCAAAAAGGCCAGGAGUGAACCUCUUUCCCUGUAUACUUGCCUGGAGGCGUUCUUACGAGAAGAACCGCUGGUGCCCGAAGAUAUGUGGUACUGUCCCCAAUGCAAAGAACGACGACAAGCAAGUAAAAAGCUUGAUCUGUGGAGGCUUCCAGAAGUGUUAGUUAUCCAUCUAAAGAGAUUCUCAUAUAGUCGAUCAAUGAAGCACAAGCUAGAAACCUUUGUUAACUUUCCCAUACACGACUUCGACCUCACAAACUACGUUGCCAAUAAAAACAACUCCAGGCGCCAGCUCUAUGAACUAUAUGCUUUGACCAACCAUUACGGAGGCAUGGGAAGUGGACACUACACUGCAUAUAUCAAGCUUCUAGAUGAAAAUAGGUGGUACAAUUUCGAUGACAGCCAUAUAUCUACCAUUAAUGAAGACGAUGUUAAGUCAGCUGCAGCAUACGUUCUCUUUUAUCGGAGGGUCAAAAUUGGGGAUCCCUCAGUUAGUAAUGGGACAAGAUCUGGUGGCAACUACAAUGAACCUUGACUUCGAGUGUCGGAUUCAAGGAUAAUUUGUUCGUUUAAGAUCUGCAGUCAAUCGUAUGCUAUUGCUCUGACCAUUUAUUGGCCACGCCUAGGGCUUAUUCAGGGGGAUCAAUCUAGUAAGCGAGGGAUUUUUCGAAGAUGGUCAUUGAUGAGACACUUGUUAAUUUAACAGGCUUGAAAUAUUCUCCUUUGUAUAAAUUAUUUUUCGUCAGGAUAAUACCUCCUCAAUACACACCUAAACGGGAGAGCAUGGCUUUUGUAGGGCCACACCAUGUAAUUCAAGAAACAAUGAGUUCAGAUCAAAAUGAAGAUUCACCUCCUAAAUCCUUAGUUU